GUAACAACUCACGUGUAGGAUCCUAGACACUGCACAUAUUUAGAUAUCAAUGUGAAUACAGUAAUAAAGCACGGACAGGUGUGGCUAUAAAAUAUAAUACACCUACCUAGCAAUACACUAGUUGUGAAAAUGUUAUUUCUUACCAUAGUUGUCUUUCAUUACUUGUCUGUUUGGUUGUUUAUCCUUCCCUUCCCCCCUCCGUUCGUAUGCUGUCCAUGUCUCGUUGUUAUCUCAGGCGCUGAGAGCAUGCUCCUAUUGACGGUGACCACGCAUUAGAUAAAUUAUUAUUAGCUCUCCAGAAUACACAAAACAGAAAACAAACAAAUAUCGUGUACCAAAGAACUCUAGCCACAUAGCGGGUACACACCACUCACCACUUUAAAAUCUUUCAACCACUACUCGGGGUCUUGAGCUGAUUUCGUAAACCAAGUGUGUUAAUAAGUCUGAUAAACUUGACUAACAGCUGUAGAUAGUAACAUUGUCACCACGCCAAUCUCUUUGUGCGUUUCUCGCUGUGUAGUUGUAGUAUGAAUGGACAUUUCGGUUAAUCAGGUUAAUUAUAGGAUGGUCUCUAACGGUUCAUCCCGAUGUCUGUCAUCUCCCAGUCAAAAGACAUGUCCACCUUUACUGACUGGUAGUCGGGGUGAAGGUUCACGACUUCGUAGCUUGCUUGCAUUGAGUGGUCAGGGUGGGUGUGGAGAGAGAAAGAAAGAAGAGAUAAGACCAUUGAUUCACUUUCGUGCAAAGGUGACGUCAUCGAUAUGCAGGUCAUGUGACCCGUGUUCACUCCUACAGAACUGUGUAUUAAUCAUGGUCUGUGACUCACGUGCUUGUUUCCAGUUGACACAACUCGUACCUGUACAGCCUGAGGACAGACCAGUGGGAGAGACGUGUGCUGUUUGUAAUGAGAAAAGACUAGGGGAGAUCAGACGAUUGUUCAACCGCAGAUAACACUUGUUGAUAAACAGCAGGGAUCGAAUCCCGUGUCACGAUAACAGGUCAUCACUCAUAUCAGUGCUCCUACACUUUUUUAGUAUUUGAUUUAGAAGACUGAAGACUGGCUUCUCGUAGUGAACAGCAAUCAGUUGUCUUCACCUUGUUUGUCUGCGUGUUGCUACACAAAUGUCGCACGGUAAAUGUUUAUCAGACCAGUCGCUACGGUUCCUGCUUGUCGGGAAAACUGGAUCCGGCAAAAAAUCCACUGGAAACACAAUAUUGGGAGAACAUCUCUUUGACAGCAAUACAGACAGGUCCUCGGACACUGCCACCUGUACUCUACGCCGGCAAGAGUGUAAAGGGAGAAUUGUUGAAGUCAUGGACUCGCCGGGUCUGUUCGACACAAGAAGGAAGCACGAGGAGGUGGCGGCGGAUGUUGUUCAAGCCCUCGCCUGCUUGCAUCCGGGCAUCACAGCCAUACUCUACGUCAUCAUGCUGGGUACCCGCUACAUGGAGGACGACACUAAAGUCUACAACAGGCUGAAGGCUUUGUUAGACACACGUGUAACCCAGUACAUGAUCAUUAUCUUCACACGCGGUGACGACCUGAACAAGAAAAAGAAGACCAUCGAUGAAAUGUUGCUCAAGGCCCCCGAAGGUCUCCACACGGUCCUGAGGGAGUGCGACAACCGCCACGUGGUGUUUGACAACAUGGCUGACAACAAGCAGUCGCAGGUGGAGCAGUUGCUGGAGGUGGUACACAAGAUGAGUCUGGCUCAUGGCGGGAAACCUUACACGUGUCCUAAGUACACUGACAUCGGUAAAAAAGUGGAGGAGGAGGUGUCGAGGAAAAUGCAAGAGGUGGAGAAAAAAGAAGUCAAGUCAACUACGUACGAGCUCAAACUUUUAACGGAGACGAAGGAAAUACAAGUGCAGGCGGAAAAAGAAAACAAUGAAAUCGAGAAAAGAGAAAUUUAUCUGCAGCAAAAAGAAAUGGAAAUAGAGAAUCAAAGAAAAGAACUUGAAAUAAAGGAAGAGGAGAUGAGAAAGAAAGAUCAGGAAAUACAAAUGAAAAUGAAGCAAAUAGAAGAGAAAGCGGACAAACAAAGAAAGGAAUUUGAGAGAAAGGAAGAGAGAGACAAACGAAUGAGAGAGAAAGCUCAGGAAAUACAAGAGAAAAUGAAGCAGAUGGAAGAGAAAGCGGAGAAACAAAGAAAAGCAUUUGAAAAAAAGGAAGAAGAAAGAAAUGAGCAAAUGAGAAAGAAUGAGUUGGAAAGGGAGAAACAGCUGAAGUCCUUGAUGGAAUCCUUAGACAAGCAGCAGCUCAGUGCUGAGAGGGUGGAGCAGGAGAUGAAGACAUUUCGACAGGAAGCAAGAAAGAGCGAGGGAGAAAGAGCGGAGAGAGAUGGAGCAGGAGAGGGAAAGAGAAAGACAAGGUGUAGAGAACAUACAGCAGCAGGUGGAGAUGACACGGCGAUACGAGGAGCGUCUGGAGGACGAACGUCAGGCGAGAACAGUUCGAGAAGAUCAUCACCAGAGUCAGAUACAGAAGCUGCUGGACGACAUAGCAGAUCGUGAAAAUGAGAAGCAGAGGAUGAAGAAGAUGAUAGAUGAGCGAGAGAAGCUGCAUCAGACGGAGCUGAAGGAGCUCAAGCGCAGACUGGACGACGCCAUCUACAGCAGUUCGUGUGUUCUUCUAUGAUCUGAGGAAAAUUAUUAUCGAUACUUACAGGAAGCUUAGUUGGAGAACAAAGCACACUCCUAACUUCACACAACUGUAUGAAAUAGACAUUUAAAACAGAUUAUUAGUUGCGAGGAAACUAAUUCUGAAAUUCAUUACUGUGCGUCCCUAGAGAGAGCGAGCAACCGGACAAGGAGAGAGAGAGAGUUACAUUCUCCAUUUUAACAGAUUAUUGAGAAUUGAAAAACAACAUGUAAGUUUGGUAAGGAAGGACAAGUCAUCGUGAUGUAAUUUAAUGUCGGUGGGGAACAACAACACAGCGUGCACACAGUCACAGUAUUGAGGUUUGUUUUAUACCGAGGUGUACAUGUUUUACUCACAACAAUUUGUUGUGUACUUUGUGUUGUCAGGCAUAGUAAAGACAUUUUGUUUAUCAACUCUUGGAGCUUCUAAAUGUUAUCCUAUUAAUAUCGGAUAUGUUAUACUUUUAUUUGUAUUGUAAACAUUAAUUUGGAUACAAAAAAUAGUUAAAGAAGUGAUUAAUGUAAAAAGAAAAGGACUGUUUACAGUUAUAGAUAUCAUUAAACUUGUUUGUUGUCUGCCAACAAUUCUAAUAAUGUGAUAUUAUUAGGUUUUUAGUGUCAAUUACCCAUGGUAAAGGUAUAUUUCAAUACAGGUACCACAGUUCAACAAAUCAACCAUGUUUUCUUCUAGACAAAAAA